CUCCUACCAAAAUCACAGCCCCGUGGAGCCGGGGCUCUCAUUCACAGCUUUCUAGAGAAAUCUGAGCCCGAACCUGCCAGAAUAGGGGAUCUCACCCACUCAGCUCAGCAGCGAGGACACCUGCAGAAACACAUUCCUAAAGCAAGGCUGAGCGACUGUGUGAAGUAAGAAAUGGUCUCAGCUUUGCUUCUUUUUUGGAUGGCCACCACCACCUAAGACCUGAAUGUCCUACUGCUUUCCAAGAACAGAAAGAAGACUUUCUAUUUGUUUGUUUCUGUGGCAGCUUGGUAGUAACAAAACUGUUGAAUGGGCCCCGAUUUCGGCAGACCGUCAGGUGAAUGGGACCAGUCUCCCUUCUUCCAAAAUAUCAGAAAUUAAGCACGUGGAAAGGAGAUUCAGGCAAGAUGACCCAUUUACAGGCCGGACUCAGUCCAGAGACUAUAGAGAAAGCUCGCCUGGAACUGAAUGAAAACCCAGAUGUCUUACAUCAGGAUAUCCAGCAAGUCAGGGACAUGAUCAUCACCAGGCCUGACAUUGGGUUUUUACGUACAGAUGAUGCCUUCAUCCUGAGAUUUCUCCGAGCCAGGAAGUUUCACCAAGCAGAUGCCUUCCGACUCCUGGCCCAGUACUUUCAGUACCGCCAGCUGAACCUGGACAUGUUCAAAAACUUCAAGGCUGAUGAUCCCGGCAUUAAGAGGGCUCUCAUCGACGGCUUUCCUGGAGUCCUGGAAAACCGUGAUCACUACGGCAGGAAGAUUCUUCUGCUGUUUGCAGCCAAUUGGGAUCAGAGUAGGAACUCCUUCACCGACAUCCUCCGUGCCAUCCUGCUGUCCCUGGAAGUCCUUAUCGAAGAUCCAGAGCUUCAGAUAAAUGGCUUCAUUUUAAUUAUAGACUGGAGUAAUUUUUCCUUCAAACAAGCCUCCAAACUGACCCCUUCAAUCCUCAAACUGGCUAUUGAAGGGUUGCAGGACAGCUUUCCUGCCCGCUUCGGAGGAGUCCAUUUUGUCAACCAACCCUGGUACAUUCAUGCCCUGUACACGCUCAUCAAGCCAUUCCUUAAAGACAAGACCAGGAAGCGGAUUUUCCUGCAUGGAAACAAUUUAAACAGCCUUCACCAGCUAAUCCACCCCGAAUUUUUGCCCUCUGAAUUUGGAGGAACCCUUCCUCCUUAUGACAUGGGAACUUGGGCCCGGACGUUACUUGGUCCAGACUACAGUGAUGAAAAUGACUAUACUCACACUUCCUACAAUGCAAUGCACGUGAAACACACAUCCUCCAAUCUGGAGAGAGAAUGCUCCCCCAAGCCGAUGAAGAGAUCUCAGUCUGUGGUAGAAGCUGGGACCCUGAAACAUGAGGAGAAGGGAGAGAAUGAGAACACUCAGCCACUCCUGGCUCUGGACUGAACCCCGAGUCACCCCAUGCUCUCGCAGAUCGCCAGCCUUCAGUGGUAUCAGCCACCCGGGAAGCACAUGAGCAACUGACCCACACAGACACGUGCGUUCCGCUUGACACAAGGCCCUCCACUUCUGCCAUCUAGUAAUAACUGUCACCAGCCAUUGGUCUGAGCCGCCAAGGUUUGAACAAGAACUUGAGAGAUGCUUUUGGUUUUGUUUCUUUCAGCGAGGGGACUGCAGGUGAAGCAAGGCAGUCAUGUAAACAUGAUUCUUCCUCCCCCAUAUUUAUAGUAUUAAAUGAACUGAAAAAAAGAAAAACUAAAUUUGAUG